CUUCUUCCAUUUUUCGAGGGGAAAAAAUGAAUCCCUCCCGUGAAGAAGAAAACCCCUCAAACUGCAAAUGAAAAUCAUACAGUUUUACUGAAAUGGAGAAUACGGGAAUUCUGAAGGAGUGGUUCGAUCGAGUUGAUUCGGAGAAAUCUGGAAGCGUCACAGCUCCUCAGCUCCAGAAAGCUCUGGCGGUUGGGAACCUCAAUUUCCCCCUCUCAAUUGUGCAGCAAAUGAUUAGAAUGUAUGAUUUCGAUAGAAAUGGGACAAUGAGCUUCGAAGAGUUUGUAGCUCUCAACAAGUUUCUCCUUAAGCUUCAGCAAGCCUUCUCUGACUUGGAAAGAGGUCGUGGUUUUCUAGUCCCAAAUGAUGUAUAUGAGGCAUUGGUUAAAAUUGGCUACACGUUAGAUUCUCCUGCUUUUUAUACUGUCUGCGAGAGCUUUGAUCAGAAGAAGAAUGGGAGAUUUCGGCUAGAUGAUUUCAUAUCACUUUGUAUAUUUGUUCAAUCAGCUGGGAAUCUGUUUAAUUCCUUUGAUACAGCUAAACAAGGCAGGGUGACUCUAGAUCUCAACCAAUUUGUCUAUUGCAGUAAGUACCUGAAUUGCUGCCAAUUGUAGAAUAUGAAAUUGUGUAAAUAUUUGGACAAAGGGGCUACUUCAUGUUGCAGAAACUUCUUCCGCAGGAUCUAGGAUGAUGUAUGAUCUGGAAGCUGAUUUUUCCGUUGCAUAAUUAAUACCUAUUUUUUAUGCUUUUCUAUCUGUUUUAUCCUGGGAAGGACUCGUGUCAUUCGAAAACACUAGUAUUUCAUUUCUUUCUAUAGUCUAUAUUUGUCUGUGUAGUUGUACUCCUCCUUCCAUUAAGUUCGUAUUUUGCCAGUAACUAACGACAUGGUUUGAAAGUAAAAUCUUCUACUGCCUUGAUAUAGAAAAUUUACUCA